UGAAAUAGGGAGCGGCAGGGCACGGCAAAGGCAACCCCACCGCACACGGAGGAGGAGCAGCAGCGGCAUCCCCCCACCACACCACCUCGCGCUCAGUCACAGACAUCGAUCGUCACCAAACGGCGAUUAAAUACACCCUUAAAAGCGCCCGCCCGACCCAAACACCGCGCAUUCCAUUCCCAUUCGAUUCCACCGCCGCCGCCCUGCGUCGUCGCGGCGUCUGCACCGCCGACGCCGCCUCGCUCGCCCGUCCGUCUGUCCUACUCCUUCCGUGGAGACCUCGGGAUCCCUCGACCGCGUGCCGCCCGCGCCGAGGCCGAGCAUGAACGGCAUCGUCGGCGACCCGCACGCGGCCGCGAUGAUGAUGCAGCAGCACGUGCAGCAGCAGCUGGGGGUGUCGCUGCCGAUGGCGACGUCGUCCUUCGCGCCCGACGCGGCCAGCGCCAAGCCGAGGCCGCCGGGUCUACCGCCAACGCCACCCCCGGCGUCGUUCGCCGGGCAUCGGCCCUCGCCGGGGGACGUGUGCAUGGACAUCGACCCCGCGGCGCGCAGUAACAAGGCGCACCGCCGCUCCCGCAGCGACGUCCCGUUCGGGUACUUCCCGCCGGCGACGUCCCACCUCCCGCCGCCCAAGGUGGAGGCCGGCUGGAGCCACCACGGCGUUGGCGGCGGCGGUGACGCGGACGACCUCUUCAACGCGUACCUCAACCUGGAGGGGCUGGACGGGCUCAACUCCUCCGACGAGCGCCACGACGACGGGGACAGCCGCGGGAGCAGCAUGAAGACCAACGGCGCCGACAGCAGCGAGAACGAGUCGGAGGAGUGCGCCGCCGACAGCCGCGCGGCCGGGAUCCGACUCUGGGGCGAUGCCAGCGCCGCCGGCGACAGGCGGGAGGGGCUCAAGAGGAGCGCCGCGGGGGACCCGGCGGCGGCCGCCGCGCCCAUGGCGCGCCACGCUAGGAGCCUGUCCAUGGACAGCCUCAUCGGGAAGCUCAACUUCUCCGCCGGCGCGGCGGCCAACGGCGUCAUGCCGGGGCCCAACAGGUUCAGCCUCGAGUUCGGUAGCGGCGAGUUCACACCCGUCGAGAUGAAGAAGAUCAUGGCCGACGAGAAGCUCGCCGAGAUGGCCCUCGCCGACCCCAAGCGCGUCAAGAGGGUGCUGGCGAACAGGCAGUCGGCGGCGCGGUCCAAGGAGCGGAAGAUGCGCUACAUUGCGGAGCUGGAGCAGAAGGUGCAGAUCCUGCAAACAGAAGCCACGACUCUCUCCGCUCAGCUCACUCUUCUCCAGCGCGACUCGGCGGGGAUCGCGACGCAGAACAACGAGCUCAAGUUCCGGCUGCAGGCCAUGGAGCAGCAGGCGCAGCUGCGCGACGCACUGAAUGAGGCACUGACAGCCGAGGUCCAGCGCCUGAAACUCGCGACUGCAGAGCUCGGCGAUUCUUGCUCGUCCAACAAUCUAGCCCAGCAGCUUCAACUCAAUGCUCAGGACCAGAUGUUCCAACUGCAUCAGCAGCAGGCUACGCCGAUCCCGUUUUACCAGCUGCAGCAGGCACAGCAGAACGGCGUAGGGAAGAACCAUGAAUCGAAGGAAUGAACUCUGAGGCAUUGCCGACUGCUUCAUGGGAAAAACAAAAGGAAUGUCGGUCUAGAUGAACUGAAAGCAUUUGAUUUCCUAACUCAUUGGUUUUAAAAUGUCGUUAAUAAUCACCGUGUAUUUUUCCAGGUGAUGAACCUGCUUGUACCCCUCUAUGUUUAUUUAUUCUUUGGAUGAUACAUCUUUUGUUUGAGUUACCAAACUGAUCAAAUUGUAGCUGAUUCAUAUUCUUUUGUACUACUAUAUCUCUCGUU